AAUCCGACUCUUACCAUGAUUGCAAAUGGUCUCGCGAGAUACGCAAUUAAUAUCGCCAACAUUCCCUGGACGGUGAGUCGUCACGAGCUCAGGCUGUACUUCUCCCAGUUCGGUUGUGUCACAGAUGCCUUUGUAGGGUUCGAUAAGAAAACCGGUAUCCAUCAACACUACGGAUACGUAACGUUCUUGAAGACGGAAGAUGUAAAUUCCGUGCUCGAGCGUAAGCAUUCUUUGGAGGGGAAAGAUUUAGUCGUCUCCAGGAAGAAAUAAAGUAAAACCGAUAAGAGU